AGAUAAGGGCCAAUUGUUGUCGUAUUUGUUAUAUUAUUGCAAGGGAAAGGCCAGAACAGCAAUUGAAUCUUGCGUUUCUCUGCCCAGUGAUUUGGGCUAUGAUAGGGCUAAACGAAUUUUGUAUGAUUUAUUUGGUAAAGAACAUCUUGUUGCACGAGAACUAAUUAUUGAGUUAUUAAACCAUAAACCUGUCGGAGGAUCGGCUGACGUAUUAACUGACUUUGCGAUUAAGUUGCGUAAUGUAUGUAUAACGUUGAAGCAAAUGGGAUAUAUGUCUGACGUUAAUUCUACGGCUAAUUUGGAGGUAAUAGUUUCACGCCUACCACUAGAAUUGCAGAAUAAGUGGGUGGAAGUCGCCGAUAAGAUCAUGAUGCAUGGGAAGGAGCCGAGCUUUGAAGAAUUUGUGGUCUUUGUAGAAGAGAGGGCCAGAAUUCCCCGAACCCGUUAUGGUAGAUUAGUACAGUGUAACUCAAGGUUCGGUAAAAGGAAUUCUGAAGGCCAAGCUGAUAGAUCACGCUUUCAUGCAAUUAGACGAGACCCAAAUAGCUCAGUCAAGGUAUCACGUUGUGAAAUCUGCGAAGGUGAUCAUGAGGUGAUAAAUUGUCCAAGGUUAGCAAAAAUGAAUGUAAGAGAAAGGAGGCAGGAGGUAAGAAAAUGUGGUCUAUGUUACUUAUGUUUGAGGAAAGGUCACAUAGCUAUGACAUGCAACUCAGGCAUCAAGUGCGACGUUGAGGAUUGCAAGGUUAGACAUAAUUCAUUAUUGCAUAUUGGUGGUAUUGAUAACCAUGUGGUAAACCUAGCUAAGGAUUGGAACUCUUCAAAGGUUUGUUUGGGGAUCGUUCCAAUCAGACUAUACGGUCCCAAAGGAUGUUUAGAAACAUAUGCACUUCUAGAUAGUGGUUCGGACACUUCUCUUGUAUGUGAAGAAUUAAUUAAUCAGUUGGGUAUUAAAGGUAAAGAGACUUCGAUAAGGGUGGCGACUGUCAACGGAACUACCAAUUGUGAAUGCUUGGAGGUAAAUUUAGAGGUGUUUUCAUUAGAUGAACAAGGUUCUGUAAGGAUCAACAAAGUUUACACGACCAAGAAACUUCCGAUCGAUCAUGCAGCACCUUUAACCGAACUCCAACUGAAACGGUGGAAACAUCUUAAGGACAUAACCCUUCCGAGAUUGCAAAGUAAUUUUGUAGGAAUAUUGAUUGGGUGUGAUGCUCCGGAUGCACAUUGGGUCCUGGAACAACGUCUGGGGGACAGGAAGCAUCCGUUUGCUGUGCGUACUCAUCUUGGUUGGAUGAUUAUAGGUCCUAAGGGAGUAUCAAGGUCUCUACAUCAAGUUCAGUUGUGUCAUUGUUCCACCAAUGAUAUUUUGCGAGAUUUAGGAAGAUUAUAUGAUCAUGAGUUCGAGGAUACAGAUACGUUUCGUAAUGGAUAUUCUGUUGAAGAUAAAAAAGCUCUAGAAAUAGUUAGCAGUUCGUUUAGAUUGGAGGGUGGUCAUUUCCAAGUUGGUCUACCAUGGAAGUAUGAUAAGCCAAGACUACCGAAAAAUUUGGAACUGGCUGAACGCAGACUAGAAUCCUUAAGGAGGAGGUUUAUGAAAGAUAACAGUCUUUUGGAGAAAUAUCAAGUUGUGAUGAAUAAACAUUUAAGAAAGGGCUACAUCAUUGAAGCUAGUGAAGAGGGAUUUGACUAUGAUGCUGUUUGUUGGUAUAUUCCUCAUCAUCCUGUUAUCAACCCUAAAAGGCCUGGAAAAUUGAGAAUUGUUUUUGAUUGUGCGGCUGUCUAUCAAGGUUGUUCUCUUAAUGACCAGCUUUUGAGAGGACCGAAUACUGUAAAUAGUUUAAUUGGUGUACUUCUACGAUUCAGAUUAGGUAACGUAGCAUUAGCUGCUGAUAUCGAAGAGAUGUUUCUUCAAGUAAAGAUUCCGAGACAAGACAGGGGAGCAUUUCGUCUAUUGUGGUGGGAAGACGGUGAUAUACGACGAACGGCUAAGGCAAGAGCAGCCUCCUCGAAGGUCCAAACUAUACCGCGCUUGGAACUUACGGCAGCAGUUUUGACAGCUCGCAUGGGAUCCCAGCUGCAGUCAGAAUUAGAUAUUAAGUUUGCAGAGGUUAAUUUUUGGACGGAUUCUAUGAUUGUCUUACACUAUAUUAGAAAUGAGAAAAGCCAGUUUAAAACAUUCAUAGCAAAUCGAAUUUCGACUAUUCAGAGUCUUACUAAGGUGGACCAAUCGAGAUUCGUACCUUCUAAAGAAAACAUAUCAGACUUUGCAUCCAGAGGGGUCAAGUUUGACAUUGAUGAUGUCAAGGUAUGGAAGGAGGGUCCACGUUUUCUCAAGAAGCCGAAGGAGUGUUGGCCUGCCGCUGAUGUACAAGGUCCUGACCCUCAUCUAUUGGAAAUAAAGAAAGCAAUGUCGGCGCAUGUAAUGGCUGAAAAAUCCACUGUUGAUCAACUUAAUAAUUAUUAUUCAGAUUGGACUAGAUUACUUAAGGCUGUUGCGUGGUUAACCCGAUUUAAGCGAUAUUUACUGGUAAUGCGUUCUGGUAGAACUGAUCUGUCUCAACAGGUGGGUAUGCUUAGAUUUGAUGGGUUAAAUUUCGCUUGUUUAGAUUUAAUUCUAUAUGUCCAACGCAUAGUAUUUCGGAAAGAGAUUGAAAUGUUAUCGUCUGAUACCAGUAGUAAGGUGAAGAUAACGAAUUCACCGUUACGAACUUUAAAUCCAAUGAUGAUUGGAAGAUGGGCUUUAUGUUCUGCGGACUCAAAUAGUUGUUUGUGUGUGAUUAUGCAAUGGUGCCUGAAGCCAUGUGUUAUGGUUAUUCAUUUUCUAAAAGAACUAGAAGGGUCCAAUGUUACGAUUUGGAAUCAGAAUAGAGAGUUCGCAGUAAAUAAAGGAAUUAAUGGAUUGGUCCUCUAUACGUGUUUAUAUAUCCAUAUUUACGUUAGUGUAUAUGAGCUUCUAUGGAGGAUGAAGCAUUUUGUUAGAUGGUUGAUAUUGCGAUUGUUUAUGUUGGCGCAAAUAUUUUGGAAACGUUUGUCUAAGGAAUAUGUUUCAUUGUUGCAACUUAGACACAAAUGGACUCAACCAGAGAUGAACAUAGGAGAGAGUAACUUGGUGGCGACAUGUACUGGGUUUUUAGAGAAAGACAAAUGGUUAUUAGGUCUGGUAAUGAAAGUGACACCUAAUAGUGAUAGGUUAAGACCGAUGGAGUUGCGGACAAGCGUAGGGAUCUUGGUAAGAGAUAUUAGAAAACUGCGUCUAGAAGUUGUAGAUAUUAGAUAGCUACUCGGAUCCCUAGGCGUACUGGUGUAAGUCCUAGGGAUCACGAGAUUGUUGGUAUAUUGAGUGUUUGUUGUUGAUUGUUUGUGAUGCAUAUACUUGGAUUCUUGUUGUUUAUUUAUUUGUCUGAAAAGAACCAAGGUUCUUUUGGUCGGGAGUGUUACGGGAGAACUGAAGACAUUUGGCGGAUUAAAACCUUUUAUUGUACAUUAAUAAUUUACUGUGCUUUUGGAUGUAAUUGUUUUACUUAACUUUUGAACUUGUUUGUUUAUAUCAUUACUUCGGACAUUUUGGUUUGUCUUUGGUUUGGUAUUUUGGUGCUCUCUUUGUCUUUGGUUUGGUAUUUGGGAGUUUUGCUCCGGGAACCUACAAAAUUGAAGGUUUGUUUUGUAAUUGUUAUAAUUAUUGUUAUUAGAACGACAUUUGGUCGAUUACUUGUGAAUUACGAAUACAUUUGGUAUCU